UUAAAUAGCUAGUGGUCAGGAUUAGACGUGUAAACAAACAUGUCUGAUUGUAAUUUAGAGCUUUAAACGACGGAGUCCGUGGUAUAGAUUUACUGUUGUUACCGUUCUAUUCGGAACUAACUACUCGAAGGCCUUUACUUUUUACGAUGAUAAUAGGGUGCGGAAUUUAGGUCGGUUGAAGCAAGUCAUUUCUUUGUUAACUGUUUAUCAGUUUAUGUAGAGAAUAUAGUUAUCCUGGAUAGAUUACUCUUCAUAAAAGUUUAGAAUAAUAACCUGCAUUCAUCAUGGAGACUGUUCGUGAAUGGAUAGAAACCAGUAGUAGUGGGUUUCUUUUGGACUUUUAUAAGCCAGAUGAGCUCAGCAAAGAGAACCCAGGUUCCUACUUUCCAAAGACUUCCCAUAUGUUCUUCCAAUCAAUUGUGUUUGGCUUAUUUCUUAUAGUAGUCAGAUGGAUUUUGGAAAGAUCAAUAUUUAAUCCAGUUGGAGUAUUAUGGGGUAUAAAAGACAAAAAAGUAUAUAAAAUAGCAGACAUUCCAGAACUUGAAAAGGCUUAUAACCUAUCAAAGACGCUUCCACAUAAAACUGUACAGACAUUAAUGAAGAAGACAAGUUUGACGGAGAGACAAAUACAGAUAUGGAUAAGGAAACGAUACCAAAGAGAUGCUCCAAGUACAAUGCAGAGGUUUUGUGAAAGCAGUUGGAAUUGUGUAAUUUUAUCCAUAUUUGGAGCUUAUGGUGUUUAUGCAUUAUGGGAUAAACCAUGGUUUGCUAAGGCUAUGUACUGUUGGAUUGGAUGGCCUAAUCAUCAUGUUACAACUGAUAUGUAUUGGUACUACCUAAUAGAACUUGGAUUUUAUUGGUCGACAAUGUUUAUGAUUACUGUUGAUCAUAAAAGAAAAGACUCAACAGAGAUGACUAUCCACCACUUAAUUACGAUAUCAUUAUUACUAUUUUCAUGGUGUAAUAAUUUUAUAAGAUUUGGUGCCUUGGUUCUUGUAGUCCAUGAUGCCGCAGACUCUUUACUAGCAGCAGCUAAAAUGUCAAAGUAUUGUGAAAAAGAAAGACUGACAGAAUGUAUAUAUUAUGUAUUCAUGGUUGUAUGGGUAUCUACAAGAUUAAUCAUAUUUCCAUAUGUAUUAUUAUAUUCAACUGAUUUUGAAAUUUUCCAAGUAGAUGAACCAAUGAUCACACUAGUUAGACAAUGUUGGCAGUACAAAAUAUUCAAUGUUCUACUUCAUAUGCUGCUAAUACUUCAUUUUUUCUGGACUUAUAUCAUAAUUAAGGCAGCCUACCUUCAAAUUAUACAAGGAGAGAUAAAAGACAUCAGAAGUGACUCUGAAGAAGGAAACAGUGAAGGAGGAGAGAAAAUAGAAGAUGAAAUAAACCGUAACAGUGACACAAACAAUGGAUAUAUAUCCCAAAACAAUGUCAAAUAAAUAACCUGUAUACAGACGUCAAAA